CCCGGGGGCCUUCCGGCGUCGGCCUGUCCGGCAUGGGGGAGGCGGCGGAGGCGUCGCGGCCGCGGGUGGGCAGCGGGCUCCUGCCCAGCUUCGUGGAGCGGCACGUCUGCUUCGUCGGACGCCUCGACAAGAUUCAUCCAAACGGAAAGUCUUUCGUCCUGUCAGACGGAGAAGGGAAAAAUGCCACGAUUGAGUUGUUGGAGCCGCUGAGCGAAGAGCUGUCCGGCGUCGUGGAAGUGGUCGGCAGGGUGACCGCCAAGGGGACCAUCCUCUGCUCCACCUUCAUCCCCUUCCGAGAAGACAACGGGCGCUUUGAUCUGGGCCUGUACAACGAAGCUGUGAAAAUCAUCCAUGACUUCCCCCAGUAUUUCCCAUUUGGGGUGGCGGAGCAUGAGUGAGGGUACCGGGAAGGAUCCCGUCUCCCAGCGGAGAGGACGCGGCGACGAUGCCGCCGGCAAACCUCAGCCCUCCAGAGAAAACUCUCCGGGAACCGCCGAUACCCUUCCCUUCUGAUUAAUAAAAAAGGGCCCGCUUCACUUGU